AUGUUGGAACUUGGUUUAAAAUUUAUCAACUUUGAGCCAGAUAGAAGUUUUAAUGAUGGAAAUAUUACUAGAAAUUAUUUCGAUGCAUCUAGUCAAAGAGUGAGUUUAUUUGAAGAAUAUGAAUUUUCGUAAAUUAGUUUCAUUAAUUCAGAUAUGUACAAUGCGCAAUAAUGGAGCACUAGGAUUGACUUCAAAAAGUUUAGAAAAUGACAAAAUAACCAGUGUGAGGUUAGUUUCUUUUUCAUACAGUUUAGACACAGUUUUUAAGUACAAUUUUAGAACUCGAGAUCGCGGAGAACCUUCAACUGUCAAGUUUUCAGUAGACGGAAGAUUGUGUGCCACACAAAGAACAGCAACAUCAGCUGAUGUAAUAUUUCUCGAAAAAACUGAAAAUAAUCUUUGUCUUGAAAUGACAGUUACUGCAAAAUCAAAAGAACCACUUCUUGCAGUCGAAUGGGUUGCAAAUAAUCAACUUUUGCUAGUUACAAAUCAUAGUGCAGAAUUAUUAUACAUCAAUGAAGAUAAGAAAACUUCGAAAGUUUUGAAAUCAACCAACGUGAAUGCGGCAUGGGCAAUAUUUUAUGUGAGUUAAUUUUUCAGUUAUCAAAAAAUAUGUUUAAACAAUUUCAGGCGCCAAGCCAACUUCUUCUUAUUGCAAAUGGUGCUUCAUGUUCAAAUCUUCAACCAAUAAUUGUUGCUCAUUCGAACUUUACAAGAAUGAAAAACUUUGAAGUUGAUUUUGGUGGUUCACUAUCGCGCGAGAAUUUUCUCGAAAAAGAUGCAACAAUUGCUACAAUGUGAGGAUUGAAGUCUGAUUUCUGAAAUGAAUCUGAUAUAUAUUUUUUCAGAUAUGGUAAAGUAUAUGUAAUGGUAUUACGUUAUAGUGUCAGAAAUUCAUCAAUGUUAGAUCUAUAUGAAAUGCCAUUCGAUGCAACAAAUCCAGCAAUUUUCAAAUAUUCACUCAUUCUUGGUUUUAAUGGUCAAUGUGGAAUUCAUGUAAUCGAUAAUCUUAUAAUUGUUCAUCAUCAACCAACAUGCAAAUCGCUAAUAUUUGAUAUCCAAGUUUCAUCAAAUAGCAAAAGUCAUUCACCACUUGUUACAACUACAAUUGAACCGCAUAUUCAACAUCAACCACCGCCAUAUCUUUAUACACCAUUUUGGUUUACUUUUCUACCAAAUGUGGUUAUCGAUUCAAAUUCUGGAAUUAUGUAUUCACUAGAUUUGAAAAAUUCGAAAUGUAUGAUUGAAAUCAGUGAGAAAAAUACAAUGCUUGAAUAUCUUAUUCGACGAAAAAAUGAGAAAAAGUUAUUUAUAACAUCAUUUUUGAAUUGUUUACGUGCUCGAGCUCUUUCUCUUCGACAAAUUCGUCGAAUAUUUUCGAUGAUUUCAAAAACGAAAGAAAGUUUUGCGAAAAAUGAAAAAGAUUCGAAAGCUCCAAUAAUUGUUUUGAAUUGCGAAAAAUAUGAAGAAUUACAAAUAUCACAACAGGAAAUGCAAAGCUCAAUUCUUAUACCGCUUAGAGAAGAUACAAGUUUGAAUGAAGGAUAUGUUGCUAAUAUUAUGCUACAAUAUUUGAGAUGUUUAUAUGAUAAUAAUGUACAACCAGAGGUUAGUUUUUUGGAUGUUUUUGGGAAUUUUGGGUUUCAAAGUUGUUUUUAGCAAUUUUUUAGGUCAAUUUUUUUCCCAAGCUAUUUUUCCCAAAUUUUUUUCACAAGGUCGUUUUCAAACUUCCCAAAUUAAAUUUUUCCCAAUUUUUUUCCCAAGUUAAUUUUGCUUUUUCCCAAGUUUUUUUCCUAUUUUUCUUUUUUUCCCAAAUUUUCGUUUUUUCUCAAAAUAUCCAUUGUUUUUCCUUUUUUUGUAAGUUAAUCAACAUUUAAGCCUAUUUUCCCACCAGAGCCUGAAAUUAAGCACUUCCGCAAUGUGA